GGAGUGAUCUCAAAGACAGAGGAGUGGGUGGGCUGGCCUAUGGCAGAGGCCUCACUCCCAGAGCUGAGGGGAGAGGCAGAGACCUCACCUUGCCCCAGUAUCCUGGAAUUGGAGGAGCUCUUGAGGGAGGGGAAAGUCUCUACCAGCCGUGUGGACGAAGUUUGGCCCAAUCUUUACAUUGGAGAUGCGGUCACAGCAAAUAACCGUUUUGAACUAUGGAAGUUGGGCAUCACCCAUGUACUGAACGCUGCCCACGGAGGCCUCUACUGUCAGGGUGGUGCUGACUACUACGGUAGCAGUGUGAGCUACCUGGGGGUGCCAGCCCAUGACCUCCCAGAUUUUGACAUCAGUGCUUACUUCUCCUCUGCAGCUGACUUCAUCCACCAAGCCCUCAGCACACCUGGGGCUAAGGUCCUGGUGCACUGUGUGGUUGGUGUGAGCCGCUCAGCCACACUGGUCCUGGCCUACCUCAUGCUGCACCAGCAGCUGUCUCUGCGCCAGGCAGUGGUCACCGUGAGGCAGCACCGGUGGGUCUUCCCCAACAGAGGCUUCCUCUGCCAGCUCCGUCAACUGGACCAGCAGCUGCGAGGUGCAGCCCAGAGCUGA